UUAUCUAUCAUCAUCUUCUUCUUUCACAAUUGGAUAACCUUCCACACAAACACCACUGACAACUCCUAACAAUGGCGUCCGCUGCCGCACCCUCCACUCUCACCCUCCCCCCACCGCAUCCCCAGGAUAUCAUCCGCCCCUCCAUCACUCCCCAUUCCCUCUCUUUCAGGAAGCCCACCAAUGAAAAUCCUCUCUUCUUCUCUUCCACCAAAACUUUCUCGCUCUAUCCAUUACUCCUGCACCGCACCAGGGCGUCUGAUAAUGGCCGCUUGUCGAAAUCGUUCGCUGGCGCUGCUUUGGCUGCCGAAGCGGAGGUCGCGGAGGAUGCCGUGGAACAGCCGCGAGAUGAUGGCGGUGCCGUGGCUGUUGCUGUUCCUACGAAGCCUAAGAAGGGCAAGGCUGCAUUGCCUUUAAAGAGGGACAGAACAAGGUCCAAGAGAUUUUUGGAGAUUCAAAAAUUGAGAGAAAACAAACAGGAGUAUGACCUUAAAACAGCAAUAUCCUUGCUUAAGCAAACAGCAAACCUGAAGUUUGUUGAAACAGUUGAAGCACAUUUCCGCCUCAAUAUUGAUCCUAAGUAUAAUGAUCAACAACUGAGAGCAACUGUAAAUCUGCCCAAAGGAACUGGUCAGACUGUUAAAGUUGCUGUUCUUACACAAGGUGAAAAGUUCGAUGAGGCAAAAAAUGCAGGAGCUGAUCUAGUUGGUGGAGAGGACUUGAUAGAACAGAUAAAAGGAGGGUUCAUGGAUUUUGAUAAAUUGAUUGCAACACCUGAUAUGAUGCCUAAGGUUGCAAGUCUAGGAAAAAUCCUAGGACCACGAGGACUAAUGCCAAAUCCGAAAGCUGGUACAGUGACCACAAACAUACCACAGGCUAUAGAGGAAUUCAAGAAAGGGAAAGUCGAGUAUCGAGCUGAUAAAACUGGGAUUGUUCACUUGCCUUUCGGAAAAGCAGAUUUUUCUGAGGAAGAUCUUAUAAUAAACUUCCUUGCUGCAGUGAAAUCAGUAGAAACAAACAAGCCAUCAGGGGCAAAAGGUGUGUACUGGAAAAGUGCCCAUAUAUGCUCAUCUAUGGGACCUUCCAUUCGGUUAAACAUUAGGGAUAUGCUCGAUUACAAGCUCUCUUGAAGUGCUGCUCAGUACAUAUCACGCUUGUAAAGUCCUUUCAGCACUGAAUUAACUUCCUGUGGUGCCUGUCUGAGCUACUUAUUUGCAGAAAACGGUAGUUUAGAAUAGGAACAUAGACCGAAAGGAGUGUAAAGAGCCUUCCUCAGCCAAAAUUCAUUCUAAAGUUGUAGCCCCCCGAGUCGGCACCUACAUAUGUGUAGUUCAUACAUAAACUGUUAUGCUUAGUGUUAUUUAAGUUUUCAUCUUGCGUUUCUUCUGUCUGCAUUUGAACCUUAAAUAUUUGAAUCAUAUAUUGUAUUGAAAUCAGUUUCUAGUGCUCAA